AUGGGCGACUCAGAAAUAAGAAUUGUCCUGCUGGGAAAAACUGGAGCUGGGAAAAGCAGUUUAGCCAACACCAUAUUCGGAGAGGAGGUCUUCAAGAUAGAUGAUUCUCCAAACGCUGGAACAAGUCAAUGUGCAAAAGAAACCAGAUCUGUCAAUGGAAGAAGCAUCACUUGGAUCGACACUCCUGGUUUCUUUGACCCACACAAGUCUGAGGAGGAGCUGAGGGAUGAGAUAGUGAAGUGUAUCAUAGAGUGUGCUCCUGGGCCUCAUGUUUUUCUCAUUUUACUUAAAGUUGAGAAAUUCACACCUCACGAGAAGCAAGUUAUUGACGAAAUACGAAAGUCUUUUUCUGAGGAGGCCUUCAAAUACACUGCAGUUGUUUUCACUCAUGGUGACCAGCUCACUGAAGGAAAGAAAAUUGAGGAGUUUGUCAAAGAGAGUAAAGGUCUGAGAGAUCUGGUGCAGAAGUGUGGCGGCCGAUGCCACGUCGUUGAUAAUAAACACUGGAAGGACAACCAGCAGGAUGAGUACAGGAGAAACCAGUUCCAGGUGGCAGAGCUACUUAAAACCAUAGACAAGAUAGUGAUGGAAAACAAUGGAAGCUACUACACCAAUAAGAUGCUGCAAACAGUGAAGAAAGAAAUACAGCAAGAGGAGAAGAGAAUUAAACUGUUGCCAGUGACAAUAUCAGAGCAAGAGAUCACAAAGCAGGCCAAAGUCAAUGUCUUAAAGAAGUUUUCGAUCAGACUGGCAGGUACUGCAACAGGAGUAUUGUUGGGAGCUUUGCUUGGUGUGCCAGGAAUGAUUAUUGUAGUUAUCAAAGCCUUGAUGACAAUGCAACCCACAGCAGCAGUAGCAGCAGAGGCUGCAGUGGGAGCAGCAGGAGGAGCAGCAGUAACAACUGGAUUAGGUAUAGCUGCAGGAGUUGCUGCAGGAGUUGCUGUUACAGUAGGAGCAGUAGUAGGAGGUUGUAUAGGAUAUUGUGAAGCCGAUAAAGCAGACUCAGUAGGAGAGGCAGUAAGGAACACAGCAAAGGCUGUUUGUGAUGAAAAUCUACAAACAAUUUUUAAAAUACAAUUGAACAAAAAGUAUCAGUAAAGUGAGGCGAAAGAGUCACUUCUGACAAACUGGUGAAAUAAAUUGACUGUUAUUGUGUUCUUGUUACUACACUGUUAUAUAUAGUGCUUUUAUUCAAAAGCUUUACAAUUUUCCUCUCAUCCACUUAUUCCCAUUGUAUAGAAACUAUAUUUGCUCCUAAAAUUCUAACAUCUAUUAAAUAGGCUUUAGUCACAUACAGUAUGUAUCCAUUUUGGAUCAAAAAGGCAGGGAAACAAAUGCAGAAGUUAGUUUCUGUGCCACUUGACACUUGUCAACAAUAUCCUUCUGUAGUGUAUCUUCUUUUGCCAGCUAUUCUUACAAAAACACAGCAAACAUUUGACUUUUAAAAGUAUUCUAUCAAAUGUUUUUAAUAUCUGGUAAUGACUUUGAUUUGUUAUUUCAAAAUGUUGCUUAUGAAACUAGAUGUAUAUAAGAGUUCUUGAGAGAAUCUUUAAGAUUUUCAUGAGCA